GAAAUGAACUUCUCCUACCCUUCUCUUCUCUACCAAGUUCGCUGGUCAUCCAUUCCUCGACUUGAGCAGAUCAAUCCCCCAAACGCUGAGUUGUCGAAGUCGAUCCUCACGUCGUGCAGAGGCCUUACAACAAUGUUCUGUGUCUUUAUAAAGCAAGCCUUUUUAUAGAACGUCAACACAUACUUCUGUCAGACGGUACCGACGUACUCUGUGAUUGGAGCACUCGUCUAGAUACUUUGGAAGCCGCGUCCUGAUAAGAAAAUCUUCGGGAACAACUCCAAUUGAAGCAAGCAAGCGGCUACCAACAAUAUCCAAGCAGUUGGUUGGAUUGCCUCUCCCGCAGAGCCAACCCGCCACUACGGUACUCCAACCCCCGCACUGGAGACGGGUUCUCGGCUUGUUCUUACGACCACCCUUUUCUAUACAGGGCUGAAAUAGGCCUAUGCUUGGCACUGCCAUGGUUUUACAAUUAUCCGCUGCAAAUGUUGCAGACGUUGAUGAAAUUGCAGCUGUUCAUCUCGCAGCGUUUGACUCCAAUAUCUUACUCCACGCGCAGUUCCCUACAUCAACGAGUCUCGAUGUAUUACGGUUCUAUCUCAGUCAGGAAAUGCUGGCUUCCAUCCAAGGAGGUCGACAGUCUGGGAAAGCUGUUUUCGUAGUGAGAGACACUGAGGCUAAUGAUAAGAUCGUCAGCUUUGCAAAAUGGGAUCUGCCUGGUCCUGCUGCUGAGUCGCCAAAUUUGAGUGUUCAGGACAUCACGUGUAUAGAAGGCUGCAACAAGGAAUAUCUCGAUCAAUACGUCAGCAAAGCAGAGGCUGCUAAGUUCCGAGUCGUUGGAAAUAAGCCAUGCUAUCGCCUUACUUUCGUGGGCACUCUUCCCAAAUAUCAAGGUCGUGGUGCCGGCAGGUUGUUGACAGAAUGGGGCCUCGAGAAAGCCAAACAAGAAUCAAUGCCGAUCUAUCUUGAGAGUACCAUUUCAGCAGCCCGACUCUACAGACGAUUGGGGUUCACUGCUCUCGAUGGAUUGUCAAUGAGUCUUCCGGGACGGUCUUCGGAGGGCGGACCGAAUGUGUACGAAGAAGUAGGUAUGCUGAAGACUUGGGAUGAAAAUGCCGACGAAGCUUUUGAAUACUGGGAUUCCAGUCUCAACAUUACAAGUCUUUACCAAGAUUAUGAUGCUGGGAUCAAGCCUCAACAGGUCAUCCAAGCGAUCUACGAUCGUAUUGAUGCCUACAAAGAUGUUCAACCGUCGGUCUGGACCCACCUACAGCCGUUUGGCGACGUCCUGAGAGCGGCGAACGAGCUUCAUACUCGAUGGCCGAAUCCAGCACAGAGGCCGCCGUUGUGGGGCAUCCCUUUCAGCGUCAAAGAUAGCAUUGAUGUCGCUGGAGUCCCUACAACAAUCGGCUGCCCAGCCUUAUCUACUGUCCCAAAUGUGUCGGCUCCUGUUUUUCAGCACUGUAUCGACGCUGGGGGUCUCUUCGUUGGGAAGACAAACAUGGAACAGUUAGCAACAGGUAUGACAGGUUGCCGGAGUCCUUAUGGCACUCUUCAUUCUACGUUCAGCAAGAUGCAUAUCGUAGGAGGGUCAAGUAGCGGGAGUGCAGUCACCGUUAGCGAAGGCUUGGUAUCAUUUUCCCUUGGAAGCGACACAGCCGGUUCUAUCCGCGUUCCUGCCCUCUUCAAUGGCAUCUUAGGUUUCAAGCCUACCAAAGGAACAGUCUCUGCUAGAGGAGUAGCACCGGCAUGCAUUCACCAAGACUGUGUUUCAUUUCUUGCUACCAGUAUCGAGGAUGUAGAAAGGAUUUGGAAGGUCUGCAAAGGUUUCGACAAACAGGAUUUCUUUGCCAAAUUACCUUCUCAACUUCUUGCCUCCAACGGAAAUCGUCAACUUCGCUUGCGCUUUGGUGUUCCUCCUUUGGAUGCACUGCAAGCUUGCAGUCUCGAAUAUCGCAGACUAUUCUCUCAAGUCGUCGAGACACUGUCCAAGAAUGGCGCUGAAAUGGCAGACCUAGAAUGGCAACCUUUCGAAGAUGCGAAUGAACUUCUGUACAAUAGCACAUUCGUCCUGGAGAGACUGACGAUACUUCCGGACGGCUGGUUCGAGAAGAAUAAACAGUUACUACACCCAGUCACGAGGCAAGUCUUUGAAGGAGCUCUUGCAAGGAACAGUACAGCAGUGGACGUGUUCAAAGAUUUGCAUAAGCAAGCAAAAUACAAGCGAGCCGUCGAAAAUAUCCUCAGAAUCGAAACAAAUGCGGAAGAUGGAAUUGAUGAACUUACCGUUAUGGUUGUUCCUACGACUCCAUUCCAUCCUACGAUCGAAGAAGUGGCACAGGAUCCUCUCGGAAUCAAUGGCCAACUUGGACAGUUUGCCCACUUCGCCAACGUGCUAGAUUUGGUAGCAGUUGCCGUACCUUGUGGUACCUACGAGACGGCCGAACUCGUUGAAGGCAGGCCUCUAAGACUGCCGUUCGGCGUUACGAUUCUUGCUGGAACGGGACUCGAUGCUGAGUUGUUGAAAGUGGUAGCACAAUUCGAGGAGGUGUUGGGAGAUCUAGGUCAAGAUGAGAUGUGAUGGGGUGUCCUCAUGCUGUUGUACUAUGCCAG